AUGAGCCAGAGGGACACGCUGGUGCAUCUGUUUGCUGGGGUAUGUGGCGGCACGGUGGGAGCUAUUCUGACACGUCCACUGGAAGUUGUGAAAACGCGGCUGCAGUCGUCUUCUGUGACGCUCUAUGUCUCUGAAGUUCAGCUGAGCACAAUGGCUGGAGCCAGUGUCAACCGCGUCAUGUCCCCAGGACCUCUCCAUUGCCUGAAGGUUAUCUUGGAAAAAGAAGGGUCUCGCUCCUUGUUUAGAGGAUUAGGCCCCAAUUUAGUGGGGGUGACCCCUUCCAGAGCAAUAUACUUUGCUGCUUAUUCAAACGCCAAGGAAAAGUUGAAUGGUGUGUUUGAUACCGAUUCUACCCAGGUACACAUGAUUUCAGCUCAGUGGCAGGGUUUUACUGCAAUCACUGCAACCAACCUCAUUUGGCUUAUAAAGACUCGGUUACAGCUUGAUGCAAGGAACCGCGGGGAAAAGCGAAUGGGUGCUUUUGAAUGUGUUGGUAAAGUGUAUCAGACAGAUGGGCUUGGAGGAUUUUAUAGGGGCUUGUCUGCUUCAUAUGCUGGCCUAUCAGAGACUGUUAUCCAUUUUGUUAUUUAUGAAAGUAUAAAGCAAAAACUACCGGAAUGUAAAACUGCUUCUGUGAUGAAAAAUGGUGAUGAGUCAGUGAAAGAAGCAUCAGAUUUUGUGGGAAUGAUGCUGGCUGCUGCCACCUCAAAAACUUGUGCCACAACCAUAGCAUAUCCACGCGAAGUUGUAAGAACAAGAGUACAUGAAGAGGAAACAAAGUACAGAUCCUUUUUCCAGACCCUGUCUUUGCUUGUUCAAGAAGAAGGUUAUGGAUCUCUGUACCCGUGGUCUGACAACCCAUUGGUGAGACAGAUUCCAAACACAGCCAUUAUGAUGGCCACCUAUGAAUUGGUGGUCUACCUACUCAAUGGACAGCAGCAAAGGCUGCCCCACCAGAGAGAAGGAAGACCAAAAAGAUAA